AUGGCCAUAUACUAUGACCAGAAGCACUCACCAAUUAAUAUUAGAGACAUAGUCUACCUCUGGGUAACGCGAAAACUAAACAAGGGCUAUCGCAUACCCCACUCCUCUACUCUCAAUGUUAUUAAAACCGGCCUAUUCAAAGUACUAGAACGAAUUGGCAAAGGCGCCGUCCGACUCGACCUGCCAGCUCAUAUAAAGAUCCACCUAGUAGUCUCUAUAGUCCAUCUAUCACCGGCACAGACCGACCCGUAUGGACGAGCCCUAGUCACCGUGGGCCGAGUCACUGAGGCUGCGGAAGACGUCUCAGUCGCAGACGUGCCAGAGCUGACAACUACUCCCGCAGUUGACGCACCUCCGGCCCUGCCCACUGCCCCCGGUGAAGCGCAACGAUACAUCGUCGACCGCAUCCUCACCAAGGAGCUACGACGCAAGCUAGGCACGAAGUAG